GAAAGCUUAACAUCAGUACUGACACCGUUCAACAUGGGGUGGAAGGACUAACAUAUCUUCUCACCGAGAGCUCCAAGCUCAUGAUUUCUGAGAUAGACUUCCAAGAUUCCAUUCAUGUUCUGGGAUUCUCAGAAGAAUUUAACAAAUUAUUACUCCAGCUGUACCUUGAUAACAGGAAGGAGAUCAGGAGCGUUCUUGGUGAGCUGGCACCAAAGCUUCCCAGCUACCAGAGUCUUGAAUGGAGACUGGAUGUACAGCUUGCAAGCAGAAGUUUGAGACAACAGAUUAAGCCUGCUGUGACCAUAAAGCUACAUCUUAAUCGGAAUGAAGAUAAAACUGCCCAAGUGUUGCAAACCGACCCUUCUACCCUCCUGCACCUGAUUCAGGAGCUGGACCAAGCUCUGGGGGAAAUGAAAACAAACCAUUGCAGGAGAAUAGUGCGCAAUAUGAAAUAG